AUUCUUUCGUCCAUCCUUUUUGACAUCGCCAUCAACACCGCGGACAAGAUGCUCCUCGACAACGACAAGUUCCUAACCAAGAUGGCCAAGGCCUUCGAGGACUCCAAGACUGCAAGGACCGUAUACCUGACGAUGAAGAGACAUUCCUACUCUACCAAGAAGAUCAGGGAAGCGGAGGAAGCUUCAGAAAAGGCGACUGGCGACACUGUCAUGAAGGCGGAUGCUCAGGAUAAGGAGUACUCAACAUUGAUCCGCCUCACCUCUGGCACAAAGACGAAACUGAGCACCCUUGUCCAACCUCAGGAUCUAGAUCGAUUCAUGGUUCAGUACACGAAUAUCAUCAAGAUCAACAUGGACGCACUCAAGAAGAAGGAGAGGAAAAAGGCUGCCAAAUCGGCCAAGGAAAAGGCCAAGGCCAAGAAGGCCACCGCAUGAGAAAAAAAAAAAGAACAGCAACGACAACAAAGACACAGUUUUGACACGGACACAGCAAGGAACCAGUGCUGAUAUGCAAUACUUAGCAACGGACAAGACGAACUCCUGUAAAAUAAUAAAACCAUUGCCAUGCAUGAACACUACGGAACGGUCGCUCCAUUGCUUGAUAAUGAGGUCUCUUUUGACAUGU